AUGCUGGAUUCUGGAUCCUCAGAGAACCGCAGUUGUGCCAGAUCUCUGUGGCGAUGUGCUCCUUGGUCUCUCCCUGUGCGCCUCCUUGCUGAGUCUCACAAAAUUGAGGAAAUCAAGAACUUUCUGCUCACCGUCAGGGAAAAGGAAGCUGAAUCUACUAAAAUCAAGAAAAAUGAGGACAGGCUGAAGUUAAAGUUAAAGCAGCAGAUAACUUACACCUGGGUUGCUGGAGACCUGGAGAUGGCCGAGAAACUGAGGCAGAUGCUGCCCCUUGGUCUCCCAAUAAAAGAGCUGAAAUGA